AUGGGCGAAAUCGGCACCACUGCAGCAGCAACUGUCGUUACCCGAAUGCUUUCAACAUUUCCGUCGAUCAGAUUUGGACUGAUGGUUGGCUCCAAACCCACCAUCAAGUUCUGCGGGUAUAUCUUCGGCCCAGGCAUUUCCGGCAACGCAACAAAAGAUCGAGCUAUCUCCACGGCCGGUUACGCCCUACAGAAAGAGCUCCACCAAACCCCAACCCACGUCUGGAUGGCCUUCUUCACCGGCGCCUCCUGGACGAAGACGGCUAGUCCCUCGGGCGCAUACUCCGUCGUCUUUCCAUCCCCCAACUCAACCGAUCAUCACAAACUGGCCAAGAUGGCUUGGUACAUGGCCUCCUCCUCGGAGGUGGUCAAUGAGAAGAGACUGUCCGGCCUGGCAGUUGCGCAGGCACUCCACAUUGCGGACGAGAGAUUGCGCGCCCUGCCUAACAAUAAGGAGCGGCCGAAGAAGGCGACGAUAAAGGUGUUUGUGUAUUGCGUGGAGACGCUCAAAAACAUCGACGACCCUGGCAGCAUCGGGGGUGAUGGAAGGGAGGCGCAGCUGGAAAUGGUUAAGUUGAUCGAGGAUCUUUCAUACAGCCUCUGCAAUAUUGCUGGCAUCAAUGUGAGACUGUACCUCCAGUGGGUGCCGGCGGACUAUGGGAAGAUGGUGUGCACUAGGGAUUUCGCAAAGCGGUGUCGUCGGAAAAAAGGCAGGAAGGAUUUGUAUUACGUUGGGAAUGAUGUGAGGGAUGCUGGGCUGAUGCCUGAGGGCGUUUCUGGCUUCAUUGAACGGGAUACUGUGGAAGAGAGUCAGCAGUCUACGAUGGAGGAGUCAGGAGGGUCCGUGCCAAUGGCGGAGGAGGGACCUGCCUCGAUGGCGGAAGUGGUGUUGGAGGAGUUGCCAGUAGAGGUACCCAGCCCCAUCGAUGGCCGGGCUGGUGUGGAUCAGGAAGAGAUGCCCAUGGAUGAAAAGGACGCGGUCGAGGAGCAGACUACGACCAGCGAGCAGGUCCCGAAUGACGGGCUCGUCACGAACGACGAACAGGCCUCGCUCAAUCAGCAAAUACUUGCUGAUUGCUACCAGCAGCAGAUUCAAUUCCUCGGCGAACAAGGGAACCAGGACGUUGCAAAUCAAUAG